GCCUCAGUGUUCCGGAGCAGCUGAGCAGAGAGCGGACUGUGUGCUGUGCUCGGACCGAACCCCGACCGGCUGCACACCGACACACACAAGGACUGUAGAGAACCGCGGACCGGUUCUGACAGCGGUACCGUCCACACUCCUCCAGCCCGGGCAGGGUGCACCGCGCUGCGGACCGAGCCUCUCUGGAGCUCUGCUGUCCGCUCUGCUACAUGUGUGUCUGUGUGUGCACGAGCCUGUGAGGACAGUUUCUGCAGGGCUGUUACAGACACACACACACGCACACACACACACACGCACGCGGAUACACACCUCUUGGAUUGGACGAUGCCACCACCUCCUGCAGAGCUUUGUCCCUGUUCCUGGAUGGAUUUUUGAUUGGUUUACAAACCUGCUGGAUUAAGACAUGGAGUGAUUCACAGCUCCGGACCAACAACAGUGGAAGUAACAGCCUCCCAGAUCUACAGACACAGACUGGAUUUUCUCCCGGAGGUCCCUGUCGGAGUCGUCGACUGCGACUGAGCAGGUUCUCCGUCACACUUCUUUCCCGCCCUGGGAUUUACAUCUACGAACCUGGGAGGAAGACAGCCUCUCAAGACGCGUGUCAUCAGUUGAAGACACACCUGCAGAUGAAAGGAUGCUGCAGCGGCCUGACGAGGGACUGAGCCCCACCUGAACCCCCUCCCCCUCCUCUCCCCUCCCCCGACCCUCAGAGCCCUCAGCGUCUCCAUCCCAUCAUGAACCUGCUGUGUCGCGGGCGCCUAAAGCUGCUGGUGGCGUCUCUAACCGCCGUCGUCCUGCUGACCUGGCUCUACCUGCUGGCUGGAAACCUGGAGAAUGGACGCUCCCUCCUCCUGGCUCCCUGUCUGGCCGACACACCGGCGGCCCGAGUCCUGGAGCGAGCCGUGCUCGAGUCCCGGGUUCGAGAGGUGGAGGAAGAGAACCGGCAGAUCCGGUUGCAGCUCAGCCAAUCGCAAGGCACCGCCGCCCAGCCUCCGGACGGUAACUAUGGCAACCAGCAGUGGGGAGCCUCCGCGGACACGGGACCGGAGGACGGAGACAACACGGCGGAGGAGAAGAACAACCACACCGAGUGUCCCCGAUCGCCCACCGUCCAGAAGUGUGAGCUGAUCCAUGUAGCGUGCGUUUGUGCCGGUCACAACGCCAGCAGAGACGUGGUCACGCUGGUCAAGUCCGUCCUCUUUCACAGGAGAAAUCCUCUUCACUUUCAUUUCAUCACCGACACAGUAGCCAAUCGCAUCCUGAGUUCACUGUUCCAGUCCUGGAUGGUCCCGUCUGUGCAAGUCAGCUUCUACGAUGCAGAUGAACUCAAGUCCGAGGUGUCGUGGAUACCCAACAAACACUACUCAGGUAUUUACGGCUUGAUGAAGCUGACGCUAACCAAAGCUUUGCCCUCAGACCUGUCAAAGGUCAUCGUCCUGGACACGGACAUCACCUUCGCCACCGACAUCGCUGAGCUGUGGGGCAUUUUUAGGAAGUUCACCGACAAACAGGUGAUCGGCCUGGUGGAGAACCAGAGCGACUGGUACCUGGGGAACCUGUGGAAGAACCACAAACCCUGGCCUGCGCUGGGACGAGGCUUCAACACAGGCGUCAUUCUUCUUUACUUGGAGCGACUGCGGCGGAUUGGCUGGGAGCAGAUGUGGCGGCUGACGGCAGAGAGGGAGCUAAUGAGCAUGCUCAGUACGUCGCUGGCUGAUCAGGACAUCUUCAACGCCUUCAUCAAGCAGAACCCGGUCCUGGUCCACCAGCUGCCCUGCUUCUGGAACGUUCAGCUGUCCGAUCACACUCGCUCCGAGCAGUGCUACACCGAGGUGUCGGACCUCAAGGUGAUCCACUGGAACUCUCCAAAGAAGCUCCGAGUGAAGAACAAACACGUGGAGUUCUUCAGGAACCUUUACCUGACCUUCCUGGAGUACGACGGGAACCUGCUGAGACGGGAGCUGUUCGGCUGUCCGAGUCAGGCCAGUCCGGAGACGGUGCAGCUACAGGCAGCGCUGGAGGAGCUGGACGAGGACGAUCAGUGUUACGACUUCCGGCGGGAGCGACUCACCGUCCACCGAGUGCACCUUUACUUCCUGCAGUACGAGUACACGCCCACUGAGGACGACACCGACGUCACACUGGUCGCCCAGCUGUCCAUGGACAGGCUGCAGAUGCUGGAGGCCAUCUGUAAGCACUGGGAGGGUCCCAUCAGCCUGGCGCUCUACAUGUCAGACGCCGAGGCCCAGCAGUUCCUCCGGUACGCUCAGGCCUCGGAGGUCCUCAAGAACCGCAAGAACGUCGGCUAUCACAUCGUCUACAAGGAGGGCCAGUUCUACCCCGUCAACCUGGUGAGGAACGUGGCCCUGAAGAACGCCAACACGCCGUACGUGUUCCUGACCGACGUGGACUUCCUGCCGAUGUACGGUCUCUACGAUUACCUCAGAAAGUCCGUGGUGCAGCUGGACAUGGCUCACACCAAGAAGGCUCUGGUGGUUCCAGCCUUCGAGACGCUUCGUUACCGUCUGUCUUUCCCCAAAUCCAAAGCUGAGCUGCUCUCCAUGCUGGACAUGGGGACUCUCUACACCUUCAGGUAUCACGUGUGGCCCAAAGGUCACGCUCCUACCAACUAUGCCAAAUGGCGAACAGCCACCACACCGUAUAAGGUGGAGUGGGAGCCGGACUUCGAACCGUACGUCGUGGUGAGACGAGACUGUCCCGAGUACGACCAGCGCUUCGUGGGCUUCGGCUGGAACAAAGUGUCCCACGUCAUGGAGCUGGAUGCACAGGAGUACGACCUGAUGGUUCUCCCCAACGCGUUCAUGAUCCACAUGCCCCACGCUCCCAGCUUUGACAUCUCCAAAUUUCGCUCCAGCUCCAGUUACCGCAACUGUCUGAACACCCUGAAGGACGAGUUCCACCAGGACCUGUCCAGGAAGUACGGCUCGGCUGCUCUCAAGUACCUCACCGCCCAGAGGAACAUCUAGGAACGUGAACUGCUGAGAGCCAGCGAGUCCGUCGGCCUCGGAGCUCGGACACGUACUGACGCAGCACGGCGCCGCCGGCCGCAUCGCUGCAGAGCGCAAAACAAUGACGGCAAAGCUUUACAGCCCUUUUGAACAUUGUUGGGCUCCUGUGCAUUAAUUCUCCAGUCGACUCCACCUCAAGGUGACCGAGGACGAGCGGCAGAGACUGAGUACCUCCUGAAGGCAGGAUUCACUGAGCCGGACGGGCCGAUGGAUGAGAGUGGAGACUGAUGGGACUAGCUUUAAGGCCGGAAACAACAACCAUAUACUUACAAUUUGUUUUGACAAUCAGGGCUUUUUCCAGAAGACACAGGAGGAACCAGUCCGUCCUCGUGGACAUCAGGACGCGACAGGAAGCGUCUGUGGAGACAUUCAAAGAGAAGAGUGGUGUGUGUGAGGCCAGUCGAACUGGAGAAAGAUUUAAGCCUUAUCACGUUCAUGGUAUUUACUGAGAUAUUUAAUACUUUCAUUUCUUUCCUUUUCUUUUCCCCCCGGUGUAAAUCAGAACCAAUGAAUAACAAACGUUGGCAUUUACAAUGUUUUGAUUACGACUUUACAUAAGAAUCAGUUUAUUUUUUUCUUUCUAUAUUUUCUGAGCUCUUUAAAAGAAAAUCCAUCGUGUCCCGGUCCAGUUGUGUCAGAUUCUGAGCUUCAGGGACAUGCUCAGUGUGUGUGUGUGUGUGUGUGUGUGUGUGUGUGUGUGUGUGUGUGAUCCAGCUGCAUCGUAUGGCUCGUCUUCAACACGCUCACUGAUCGUCGUCGAUGUCAUUCUCGCUUCUGUCUCGAUCAUACAGUUGCUUGCAUGUAAAGAGUUUGCACUACAUGUUCCUUUCACGUCACUGAUCAGUUUGUUUUCCAGCAUUAAUCCUCGGAGAGAAGCAGAAUCUAUUAAUAACAACAGAUGCAUCAUCACUGAUUGGGACCAACGCUGACACGUGACAGUGAGUUGUUAUUAAUGAAGCUCUGAAACGAAGCGGCUGCUCGGACGAGGGGCAGGAGCUUCUUCACUUUGUGUCAUUUUAUCUUUACUGUGUCUGAUUCACUGGAUUUAUGUGCCGUCUACUGUUCCGCCUUACGACACCCCGUUCCUUUAGUCUGAAGUCCAGCUGAAAUGUUAACUUCACACCCUCCUGCAGUCACAUCACUCACUGUUUGUACUGUACUGAAUUAAAGUAUAAGGAGCUUUUCUUGACCUUUACAAUUUUCCCUCCAAACAAGAUGAUGUGAUCUGGCCAUCAUGAAAAAGAUGCAUUAUUUACGUUACGUUAGACACACAUACAGACGGAGCAGUACCUCCUGUGGCCACAGGGGGCAGUGUAGCAGAUUAUCUUGUAGUUCAAGCUAUCAUUUUUGGGGAGAGGUUAUAUGAGUUAUACAUCUCUGUCCCUACAGAGCAGCUGGGGGGAGACCGGAGGGUGGCGAAGGAAAAGUGGAGGUCCGUGUGAGACAGAUUUGACUCUGAGGCUGCUGGGAAAUACGUGACAGUGAAGGUUGUAGUGUUGGAGACAGACGGUACUGGUUUGGUAGAUAAAGGGAAAGUUCAACAGUUCAGACGCCUCUCACACCGGACAAAAACCCACGAACAUCUGGCUUCUGUCUGUAAUGUGAGUGUUUCUCAGCUCCAGCUCUGAUUGGCUGAGAUGGAAACAACACCUGGCUGUGAUGCACAUACAAGUCAAGGAUGUUCAGUCUCUGUUCAGCCAGCGCUGAUGUUCAGAGAGACUGAAGUAAAAAAUAUUCUUAUGAUGACAGUUUGCGUCAGAGCGUGAACGUCUGAUCGGUACUGAGCAUGUGCAGCUCUCAACAGAGAUCAGAAAGAAAGGCGACGUCUCACUCCUCAACAACUUCCAGAAAAAACGUGUCUAAAUUUGUUUUAAAAAAGUCUUCAGUAUAUUUUUAAUUAACGUCUUCUGGAUCAACAGUUUCUGCUGGUGCAUUCAGACUCUCCUCCCAUCACUGUGGAAGGAGACGGAGGACUUUAGCACCUUUAAAAUAAAAUGUGCACAUGAAUUUUAAAUUUGGUGUGAGAGUGUGACCAACAGUCAAACAGUGUCGAAGAGGAAGUGCUCAGAACAUACACAUCGACGUGACGAUAAAAACCUUUCAGGUGCUGAUUAAUGUCUUUUAAACGAGCGCUGCAGCAGAAAGAAACACUUCAGUUGGACUUUAAUCUUACAGAUUUUUGUAUUAUUUUCAGUUUUUACUUUCUGAGCUGACCACGACGUUUAGUGGGUGAAUUAUCACGGUGAAGUUAAAUUAACCUUCAGUCCCCGCCAGACUUUAUUAAGUCAUUGGCCAGAUGUAUUUGUCCUGUGUAGUCGAGCUCCCCAGAGGAUGAUCCUCAUGUUCUAAUAGAACUUUCUUUACAUUUUCGCUCCAACACGAUCUCAGAAACUGGAACGAUUCGGGGUCGUCUCCUUGUUUUACUUCCAAUUAUGUUCAGAAUAUUUUGUCCCUUUGUUUCAUUUUACUUUAAUUCCUUCCUGCAUUUGGACGAAUGGUGAGCAGAGCAGAAGUGAUCCAGAGGACAGUCAGAACAGGGAGAGGCUGUUGGAUCUUAGUGGUUCUGUACUGAGGCCCGCGGGCUCACACAGUUUGUUUGUUGAGGAGUGACUGAACUGCCCCCCUCCAUCCACGCCGCCUCCAUUGACUUGUUGUUGAUUGUGGUAAAUGCUAGUGCCUUUGCUGUAUUGUGAAACUGGAUAUUGAUUGUACUGUUGUACCGACAGGGCCUGGGGAUAGUCAGGCGCUCUAUUUAUUAUUGUUGACUCAAAUCAAUCAUAUUUUUCUAUGUAAGUGCUUUAAAUAAAAUUGCCCUUUUUUAAAUCA